AUGGCCGGUAUCAUGCUGGCCAUCGAUGGAAGCAUCCUCUCUACGGCAAUUCCACGAAUAACCAGCGAGUUCAAUUCAAUCGACGACAUCGGCUGGUAUGCUAGUGCCUAUCUCCUCGCCCAGAUGUGCCUCCAGCCUACCUUCGGCCGCGUAUACAUCUAUUUCGAAGCAAAAAUAAUGUUCUUGCUAUCAUUGCUCACUUUCGAAGUGGGCUCGGUUAUCUGUGCCGUGGCACCCAGUUCUCCCAUCCUCAUUCUUGGCCGCGCCAUUGCAGGAGCAGCGGCGGCGGGAAUGUUGACGGGGAACUUGGCAAUCUUCGGACAGGUCGUUCCACUGCGGAAUCGACCUCGAGGAAUGGCUAUCAUGACCGGGUUAUACUCGAUUGCAACACUCGCGGGACCCACUGUCGGUGGACUGCUUACGGAUUCGAGAUUGACUUGGCGCUUUUGCUUUUGGAUCAAUCUGCCUUUCGGCUUUAUUGCUGCAGUGAUUGUCAUCUUUAUUCUGCACCGAAAGCCAGGCAAACUUUCCGCCUUGCCAUUGAGAGAGAAAAUCGCGCGCCUUGAUUUUGCAAGUGCAGCAAUUCUCACUGCGAGUCUAGUGUGUCUUUUCCUUGGGCUGCAAUGGGGUGGCUCGACGGACCCCUGGUCUGCGCCUCGUGUCUGGGGCUGCUUAAUUGGGUUUGCAGUACUAUGUGUUAUUUUCAUUGGGCUCCAGGCUCACCGAAAAGAAAGAGCAACUAUUCCGCUUCGGCUGUUGCAACAACGAACGGUGGCCAUCUGUUGCAUAUUCUCCGGCUUGUAUGGGGUUGCGAUUGUAACGCAUAGCUAUCUCCUGCCAAUCUGGUUCCAGGGCGUGAAAGGUACCGAUGCGACCCUGUCUGGUGUAUACAUGUUGCCGUUCACCGUAGCCAGUACGCUGGCUAUUCUGGUGGCUGGGUUUUCGAUGACAGCAUCUGGCCACUAUGUACCCUUCAUGUGGGCCGGCUCCUUGGUCUACGUUGCAGGUAGCGCCUUGUAUGCGACCUUGCAAACUGACAGCAAUGCUGGAUGGUACUUGGGAAGCCAAGUCCUCGCCGGUGCGGGAUUCGGUACUGCGAUUCAAGUCACCUUCAUUGGGGUCCAAGUAGUCACCCCCGCAAUUGACAUGCCCACUGUCUGUGCUCUCGAGGUAUUCUUUCGCCAGCUUGGUGGGUCCGUUGGGAUUAGUGUGGCGCAGAGUAUCUUCUUGAACACAUUGACAAGUCAUCUUGGGAGCGUUUCUGGGAUUGAUCCCGAAACCAUCAUUCACGCUGGGGUUAUCGAAGGAUCAUGGUCAAACGAACUAAUGAAUCCUUCGACAAUCAGCUUGGUCAAGGACGCAUUGAACACGGCAAUCACAAAAGCAUUUUUGCUCCCAAUUGGGGCAACGGCUGUUGCAGCUGUGAUUAGCUUGGGGAUGGAGAGACGCCAAAUUGAGGAUGACAGGGUUCCUUCACCGGAGAAAGGGACUGGCGCUACGGCCCGCCGUGGCGUUGGCUGA